AUGGCAUACUAUUCUUUGACUGACGUCCCUUCCAACUUCAAGGAGGGUAUUGACUGGUUGCUCGCCCUGAAGGGAGAUGAUCCUCACCACUACUUGCAGGCCAUGGGUACCGCACUUCACGAUCUCCUCUCACGCCAUUAUGUUGGCUUUACGCGGUUGCCAGCUCUCGAGAAAAUUAAACUUAUAUCUCGGAAGUUCUUGGAGGAAGGUGGCCUCAAAGGGCAGCCAUUCGUAAAAGAACUGCUGGAACGAUACAAGGCACCCAUGAGCAAAAACCCUGAACAGCUAGCUAAGGUCUUUAGCCGUGUCGACGAGAGCGAUUACAAGAAUGUCGUAAGGGCCAGGCGCGCCACUCCUAGAAGCAUUGCAAAAAACAUUGGUGAAGUCGUGGAUGCUGCGGAGAAGUUCUUGGAGGGUAUCAAGGAAACUGACAAGUACACUAAUACAUACGGUUCGGGAGCUACGUGGAUUGGAUCAUGCGCGGAUGACCCGGAAGCUUGUGCAGUGGUAUUCGUGGGAAUUGCGCCAAUGCUUUACGCGGGCCUACGUUCUUUGCAGGAAGCCAGCCUAGAUGCACAGAAAGAAGGACCACAUUCUGACGCAGCGAAUCGUUUGGGGAAGAUGUUUAAAGCACUAGGUUACGAAGAGCGGGACUGCAUCGAUGGCCUGAAGGCUUCAGAUAUCCGCAAGGCCUUGGAAGGUGUGAACAAACAAAUAUUGGCAAUAGUUUACAACAUCGCUGGAUUCUGGGCUUUCUACUGA